AUGCCUUCUUCUGCCCCUCCAGGUAAACUAAAUAUUACUGUUUUGUCUUCGCCUGACCACCGUCUCCAUCUCAGCAAUGAACUAGCUCAACGGUAAGCCAACCUUUCAGUCGCCGCUGCCGCCACUGACGAGAACGCUUCCAUUGAGAACCGAUGGGGCCAACUCUGGGGCACAGUCCAGUCGACGGCCCUGGCUGUCCUCAGUCGCUCACGUCGCCAACAUCAGGACUUGUUCGAUGACAACGGCGACGCCAUCAGCAACCUGCUCGUCGAGAAGAGCCGCCUGCACAAAGCCUGCGUCUACUGUCCCACCGGCGACAACAGAGCUACCUUCAACCGUAGUCGCCGCCUUGUGAAACAGCGGCUCCGCGAGAUGCAGGACACCUGGACGGCUCGCAAGGCCGAGAGGGCCCAAGGGUACGCGGACCGCAAGGAAUGGAAGAACUCAGCGAUCAAAGCCAUCUACGGUCCACCAACCAAAGGUACUGCACUUCUUCUCAGCGUCGACGGCAGGGCCCUACCCACUGAGAAGACAAAUUCUACAGCUAUGGGCUGGCCUCUUCCGAGCGUCCUCGAAUGGAACGAGGACGAAUGGAAGAACACCUUCUCCGCGACCAAAACUGUUUACGGUCCGCAAACUCCUCAGCGCCGACGGAACCGCCUUUCUCACAGGGAAGACACAAAUUCUGAAGCGAUGGGCCGAGCAUUCCAGUGGCGUCCUCACCCGUCCCUUCACCAUCUCCGACGCCGCCCUCGCCUGUCUGCCGCAAAUGGAGACCAACGUCGACCUCGACUUCCCAUCCUCUCUCCACGAAACACUCAGGGCCGUGCAGCACCACUCCAGCGGGAAAGCGACCGGAUCGGACGCGAUCCCUGCCUAG